UGGGAUGUCUAUACAUAGCGCAGGCACAAACGCGCACUCUCCCCGUCCCAGAAGAGGGUGCUGCAAUCGUUCCUAGUUUUGCUCGCUGCAUUGGGGGAGACAGAUCUAUAACUUCUGGAGCUGCUAGUUACAGCUGAGUUACCAUGUCUAUGGUUGAUGAGCCUCUUUAUCCAAUAGCUGUUCUCAUAGACGAGCUCAAGAAUGAUGACAUCCAGUUACGAUUGAAUUCUAUUCGGAGACUAUCAACAAUUGCCCGUGCUCUUGGAGAAGAAAGGACUCGAAAGGAAUUAAUUCCAUUUUUAAGUGAGAACAAUGAUGACGACGACGAGGUGCUUCUUGCAAUGGCAGAAGAACUGGGUGUAUUUAUUCCUUAUGUUGGUGGAGUCGAGCAUGCCAAUGUCCUGCUUCCACCAUUGGAGACCCUCUGCAUUGUUGAGGAAACUUGUGUCAGAGACAAAGCUGUGGAGUCCUUAUGUAGAAUUGGAUCUCAAAUGAGGGAGAGUGAUUUGGUCGACCAUUUCAUUCCUUUGGUUAAGAGGUUGGCUGCCGGUGAGUGGUUUACUGCUCGAGUUUCUGCAUGUGGGCUGUUUCAUAUUGUGUAUCCUAGUGCCCCAGACAUGUUGAAGACAGAGUUGCGUUCGAUAUACAACCAACUAUGCCAAGAUGACAUGCCAAUGGUUAGGAGGUCUGCUGCAUCGAAUCUGGGGAAAUUUGCUGCGACUGUUGAAUAUGCUCAUCUGAAGACUGAUAUUAUAUCAAUAUUCGAGGACCUCACACAAGAUGAUCAGGAUUCUGUACGAUUAUUGGCUGUUGAGGGUUGUGCUGCUCUUGGGAAACUGUUGGAGGCCCAAGAUUGUGUUCAACAUAUUCUCCCUGUUAUAGUUAACUUCUCUCAGGAUAAGUCUUGGCGAGUGCGCUACAUGGUGGCUAAUCAAUUGUAUGAGCUUUGCGAAGCCGUGGGACCUGAGCCUACGAGGACGGACUUGGUCCCUGCAUAUGUGCGUUUACUUCGGGAUAAUGAGGCUGAAGUACGUAUAGCAGCUGCUGGAAAAGUUACCAAGUUUUGUCGGAUUUUGAACCCAGAACUUUCCAUUCAAAAUAUACUUCCGUGUGUCAAGGAACUGUCGUCGGAUUCUUCCCAGCAUGUUCGGUCAGCUUUAGCCUCAGUUAUAAUGGGAAUGGCACCAGUCCUAGGGAAGGAUGCUACCAUUGAGCAGCUUCUUCCAAUAUUUCUUUCCCUUCUGAAAGAUGAAUUUCCAGAUGUGCGUCUCAACAUUAUUAGCAAGCUCGAUCAAGUCAAUCAGGUUAUUGGGAUUGAUCUUUUGUCACAGUCGUUAUUACCAGCAAUCGUAGAGCUUGCUGAGGACAGACAUUGGAGGGUCCGGCUUGCCAUAAUAGAAUACAUACCUCUGUUGGCCAGUCAAUUGGGUGUAGGGUUUUUUGAUGAUAAGCUUGGGUCUCUUUGCAUGCAGUGGUUGCAAGAUAAGGUUUACUCAAUUCGUGAUGCAGCAGCAAACAACUUGAAGCGCCUCGCCGAAGAAUUUGGUCCUGACUGGGCAAUGCAGCACAUAAUUCCUCAGACAUUGGAGAUGAUAAACAAUCCACACUAUUUGUACAGAAUGACAAUUCUGCGUGCAAUCUCUCUUCUUGCUCCUGUGUUGGGGCCAGAUAUCACUUGCUCGAAGCUUCUGCCGGUGGUGGUUAAUGCAUCAAAAGACAGGGUGCCAAAUAUCAAGUUUAAUGUGGCAAAAGUGCUUCAGUCCCUCAUGCCAAUAGUUGACCAGUCUACGGUGGAGAAAAUGAUCCGGCCCUGUUUAGUUGAGCUUAGUGAGGAUCCUGACGUUGAUGUCCGCUUUUUUGCCAAUCAAGCUCUUCAGGCUAUUGACCAGGUUAUGAUGACUAGCUAGGAGGGCUACUUUUGAUAGGUUCAAGUUGACAUAUGUAUUUAAAUCGGUGUUUGAUGUUUUUCUCUGGAAUUGCUGUUACAUCACAUUGGAUUAAUAUACUUCUCACAGUUUGAGUGAGGUCUUAAAUUGGAUCCUUGAUUUCUAAUCCCGUUGAAGGAGUAGCUGUUGUAUUUUUAAGUCAGAUUAGAAUAUACUCUGAUCGAGGUUGUAUGCCACCUUGUCUAAAGUAUGCGAUUUAGAGUGAGUUACUCGGUUUUGGGAUGUUAGUGUGAUGAAAAUAGUGAUUCAUUUACCUU